ACUACUAUAAACAAUAUGGCGGCAUUUUGCAUCAUGCCAUACGGAAAAGUCACAACACUGCUAGAUAGGUGUGUGCAAUGUCUGGUGAGUAAUCUAGCGACCUCGAUAGAAGGUUUGGAGACAUUGCCGGGCCAUCUCAAGGACAAAUGUGUUUAUUUAAUGUCAAAAAGAGGCCUAAUCACAGACACAAACAUAUCAAAGGUGUUACAUGAGAAACUGAAGGUGUUGGACCUGAGCGAAUGUGAAGUUUCAGAUGCUGGGUUGCAGCAUCUCUCAAAAUGUUUACAGUUGAAAAAAAUAGAUCUCAACUCAGCAAAAUUAUCCCGCGGCAAUAUUUCAUCCGAAGGUAUCCUGAAUGUAACACACACCUGUACACAGCUUCAGACAGUCUACGUUCGUAGGUGUAUCAACCUGACAGACGAGGCAGUCAUCGCUCUGUCCAAGUCCUGUCCACAACUCAGACUGCUCAACGUUGGGGGAUGUCACCUCCUCACAGACAGGUCACUUUUGGCGCUCGGAGAAAACUCCCACUUCCUCAAAAGUGUUAACUUCUCCAAAACAAAGGUGACGGAUAAUGGUGUGGUUGGGCUAGUCAGUGGAAGCUGUGCCAAGACAUUGAAGGAGGUGCACAUGGAUGGCUGUGUAAACCUUACAGAUGAGGCUGUAGAAGGGGUGCUACAGUUCUGUCCACAGAUCUCCAUCCUUCUAUUCCAUGGCUGUCCCAAAAUCACAGAUCAAUCAAGAGAAGCAUUAGAACAACUAACCAUUGACAGAGCAGAACCGAUGAAACAGGUCACAUGGACUGUCUACUGACCAUUAGAAAUGAAAGCCUUAAUUCAUUCACCCCUAAAGACACAUUUGAACUCUUCCAAUUCAAAGGUUGGAAUAGUCCUUUAUGUAAUUGCAAGGGUGAAUGAGCUAAGUUAUCUCAGCACAUUUGGACAACAACAGACCAGUGGGAUAGCUGGUCAUUGGGUAGUAGUCAGCUUUACUGACAAGUGAAACAGCUAGGUGACCAAUAGUGCCAAAAAUUGAAUCAACUUAAAUGGAGUGACUUGUAUCUCUGUACAAUGCACCCGAUGUAACUGGACUUGACAUUAACCAAUCUAAUUAGAAUCAGACCACUCAAGACUGCUUCCUUACCUACGCUGAGAGAGCCGUAGGUAAGAAAGCAGUCUUGAAAGACCUGAUUUAGAUUAAUUAGAUUGGACUUUAACUAGACACAGAUCAAGUGUUUUUUUUAAGUAUUGAACUGCUUUCAGUUGGCAUUCAUAGGCAAU